GUGCUGCGUAAUGCGUCACAGCGCUUACGUGCAGUCGUGACGUUAGUCUCGCGUGAGGAUACGUGGCGUUGUAUUUUUUGUGAAACCAGGAUCCUGCUACAAGCGUGCAGUUAACAGCUUUUCGAGAGGUGUGCCUUUAAACUGCAUUGUGUAGUCUUUCUAAGGAGCAGAUGGAGCAAUUUACAAGCAGUAACGGCUCCCCAGAGCAAAUAGUGGUUCAGGCUGGACAGAUCCAGCAGCAGCCGGGUGCGGUCACUGCUGUCCAGUUACAGACCGAGGCUCAGGUGGGAGCAGCCUCGGGGCAGCAAGUUCAGACCCUCCAGGUAGUACAAGGUCAACCACUUAUGGUGCAAGUCAGUGGGGGGCAACUGAUCACCUCUACUGGACAGCCAAUCAUGGUACAAGCCAUGGGUGGCCAAGGUCAGACUCUUAUGCAGGUGCCGGUAUCUGGAUCCCAAGGACUGCAGCAGAUACAGCUGGUCCAACCAGGGCAGAUUCAGAUUCAAGGAGGACAGGCUGUACAGGUUCAAGCCCAGCAAGGGCAGCCCCAGCAGAUUAUUAUACAGCAACCACAGACAGCUGUAACUGCAGGACAAAGUCAGAACCAGCAGCAGAUAGCUGUUCAGGGUCAGCAAGUUGCACAGACAGCUGAAGGUCAGACUAUAGUUUACCAGCCUGUAAAUGCAGACGGAACCAUUCUUCAGCAAGUGACAGUCCCUGUUACAGGAAUGAUCACCAUACCUGCUGCUAGCCUAGCUGGAGCUCAGAUUGUGCAGGCUGGAGCCAACACCAAUACCACCAACAGUGGCCAAGGAACUGUGACAGUUACUCUUCCUGUGACUGGCAACAUGAUGAACUCUGGAGGCAUGGUGAUGAUGGUACCUGGUGCUGGCACUGUACCCACUCUACAGAGGAUACCACUGCCUGGUGCCGAGAUGCUUGAGGAAGAGCCACUUUACGUGAAUGCUAAGCAGUAUCACCGAAUCUUAAAGAGACGACAAGCACGAGCUAAAUUGGAGGCAGAAGGGAAAAUCCCAAAAGAGAGGAGAGUGAGUAAAUAUUUGCAUGAGUCCAGGCAUCGCCAUGCUAUGGCUAGAAAGAGAGGGGAUGGUGGACGUUUUUUCUCCCCUAAAGAAAAAGAGAGUCAUCAUUUACAGGACGUGGAAUUUCAUUAGAUGCAAGGUGGAGCUGAUCUGAGAAUAUGUUGCAUUUCCACUUCAGAAAUAUGUUGACACAUAUGGAGUAUGGGGUGCAUAGUAUUUUUUAUCCCAACAUGAUUCAUCUCAGGGAAGAGAAGUUAACCAGAUGAUGCCAUCAGUUUGAUGUCACAAGGAAUGCAACAAAUGACAGUUAAAUGAUAUCUUCCUGUUAAUAUUUGAUCUAUUUGCUCCCUGUGCACUGCUCUGAUAAUGAAAUCUCAUAACAAAAUGGCUUAAUUUGCAGACUGCAUGCAGGUUUUGAAUCCUUUACCACAAGGGGUUAUCAACUGUGUAGCUGUCUGUUUCUUGGACAAGUCUUCCAUCCAAGCUGUCGUUGCCAUAUGGGCUAAUAAAGGAGUAUUAAGGGAACUUCAUUACUAGAGGUGCUUACUAAGAGAGCAUGCUAUGACAGUGAAACUUUAAAGGCUUUUAUUCCAAUAAGUAUCAGACAGUGUAUUGUAUGUUGUAAUUGAAACUUUUGAUGUAUUUAAAGAGUUAUUUUUUUCCGCUUUAGAAGUAAUCUAGUUCAUGUUUGUAUAGCUAUACAUUACCUCUGCUUCAUUUUAGGGGGGAUUUGACUAGGGCUGUUGACUACAUUGCAUUUUGAUAUUGCAUUUUCAAGAUUGGUAAAUGUAUUUUGAGGUAAUAGUUUCUUUACUUCUGCAAUUUCGUACAUAAAAGAUUAUAAAUGCCAGUAGGAAUUUCCACAUAUCAAAGUCAGGUUUUGUUUUCUGCAUUAUGUUUUCCCCAUUCUCUAGGUAUUUAUUAGACCUAGUUUGGCUAACCGCAGACAGUACGUUCGUGAACUUGCCUAUGUCAGCUAAAGAUCAGAUAGUCUGCAGAAUUAGGCCAGUGUAGUACUCAGAAAUUUGUUACUUAUGAAAAUCUUUGUAAAUAUCCUUUUUUUACAUUUUUUUCACAACAUCAUUUUUUCUGUUAGCUGUAUUUGUAAGUACUGUGUACCUCACCCAGCUAAUAAAACUUUCUAACUACAA